CAUAACAAAAGAAACCUUCCUUGAGGUGACAGUGCUGAAGUGUAAGCCGCUUCUGAAGGAAAUUAACCGGGCUGAUCCCGGCGCUAACCCAUUGCUUGUUUGUCACAUAAGGGAACAUUGCUCUGGGACCUGGGCGGCUGCCGUGCUGUGACAUCUGUGUGACGCCCUGAUAGUCGAGCGCCUACAACCAGGAAGUUCCAUUCAGCCUGACAGCUCGGCUGCGUCUUCAGGGAAUAGACGGAAUCACCAUGCUGGGCUCUGGUUUUAAGGCUGAACGCCUUAGAGUCAAUUUAAGGCUUGUUAUAAACCGACUGAAACUCCUAGAGAAGAAAAAAACUGAGUUGGCACAAAAGGCUAGAAAGGAGAUUGCUGACUAUUUGUCCACUGGAAAGGAUGAGAGAGCGCGGAUCCGUGUGGAGCACAUCAUACGUGAAGAUUAUCUGGUGGAGGCAAUGGAGAUUCUUGAACUAUACUGUGACUUGCUUCUGGCACGGUUUGGAUUAAUUCAGUCUAUGAAAGAACUGGAUCCUGGCCUGGGAGAAGCAAUUUCUACACUUAUCUGGGCUGCCCCACGCUUGCAAACUGAAGUUACUGAGCUUAAAAUAGUUGCAGAUCAGCUUUGUGCAAAGUACAGCAAGGAGUAUGGCAAGCUUUGUAGGACAAACCAAAUUGGCACAGUCAAUGAACGGCUAAUGCACAAGCUGAGUGUAGAGGCUCCUCCAAAAAUCCUAGUGGAAAGAUAUUUAAUUGAGAUUGCCAAGAAUUACAAUGUUCCAUAUGAACCGGAUUCUGUUGUUAUGUCUGAAGUCCCUGCUGGAGUUGAAGCUGAUCUGAUAGAUGUUGGCUUUUCAGAUGAUGGGAAGAAAGGUGGCAGUGGUGGAGGAGGAGGUGGAGGGUUUGGUAUACCAUUACCAAUGGUUGCUGCUAUGCAGAUGCCAACACCUUCUAUUCCAUUUGCCUACCCUGCACCUGGAGGGCAGGACCCAAUCAGUGGAGCACCAGUAGGAAUCUACCAGCCUUUUGGCAACUUUAAUCCUCCUGCAAUGGGUGGUAUGCCACCACCUGUCCCUUCCAUGCCACCCACAUAUGAUACUAUUGAGAAUUUUGGACCACAAGCAAAUAAUCUACCUACAGCUGGUCCCGGUAAUAAUGUGCCUCCUGUUGCCAAACCAAGAACAAAAACUCCUGAUAACUUUGUUCUUCCUGAGCUGCCUUCUGUUCCUGAUACAUUACCAGCCACAUCUGUAGGAACAAGCGCAUCCACCUCAGAAGAUAUUGACUUUGACGAUCUGUCACGCAGAUUUGAAGAGCUUAAAAAGAAAUCUUAAAGGGGAAGUCAAUCUCUCUUUCCCACAGGAAGCCUGAUACCUGUUGUCUUUAAAAUCAAAUACUACAUAUUUCAAGACUCACGUGAAACUGCUGGUUGUUGGGCUUAAAAGGUGUGUUAAGGAAGGAAUGCAGCAGCAGAACAGUUUUACAGUUGUUAUUAUUUCAGAAGGCUUUGUCCUGUGCGACCAUAGCAAGAUGGUCAAUGAUGCAUUUGACUGUUAAUGAUCUGUUAUCUUGUUUGAUCUUGAGGUCUGUGCUGAGAAUUCUACCUUUUCCUAGGAUAUCCAGCCCUAUCUUUUAACCCAACUUGCUCCCACGUUUGCCAUGGGACUGAGAAAUUUGUCUUUCACUCCUAAUGAGCUGCUCAGGCUGCUUGAUUUUCUUACUUUGUAAAUAACAUUUAUUAAGUUAGGCUUGAUUUUGCUUGCACUCCUUUAAAUAAAGUUGUGGCCUUUUCUUCA